UCGGCGCCCUUCUUUCUCUCUGACGUCACCACACUACCAGGUCCAGGAAGCUGGAAGUUUCACUAGACUUUUUUUUGUACAACUCUGUUUUUAAAGACGAGUUUAGCUUACGAAUUUAAGACAAGCUAGCACUGUUGUGUGUUUAUUAUUUAAGGGAGCUGUGUUUGUAUUUACUUUCUCUGUAAGUCAGUAGAGUAGGAGGACGGGAAGGACGUAAAUUCGCCACACAUCCCUGACUAAAGAUGUCAACCUCGAACCCUCUGGCUAAUUACAGCACGGAACUCCAUGAUGACCAAGCAGAUAAAGUCGACAAAUACCUUCACAACCUCCAGCUGUCAGACAAGACUUUGAUGGACGUGUCACUACGAUUUCGUCGAGAGAUGGACAAAGGCCUGUGUAGGGACACCAACCCCACAGCUGCUGUCAAGAUGCUGCCCACAUUUGUGCGCUCCACUCCUGACGGAACAGAACAAGGAGAAUUCCUGGCCCUCGACCUUGGUGGAUCAAACUUCCGAGUGCUUCUGGUCAAAGUCAUGGGUAACGGCGAGCAAAAAGUGGAGAUGGAAAGUCAGAUUUACGACAUUCCUGAACACAUCAUGAGAGGCAGCGGGUCCGAGUUUUUUGACCACAUAGCUGAUUGUCUGGCUAACUAUCUGGACAAGAUGGGCAUGAAGGACAAAAAGCUUCCUCUGGGCUUCACCUUCUCGUUUCCCUGCCAGCAGACUAAGUUGGAUGAGAUAACUCCACCUCAGCCUAAUAUCCAACCCUCACUCAGCUUGAACCCACAGGCUGUUUUGAUGUCUUGGACUAAAGGCUUCAGGUCAAGUGGGGUGGAAGGACACGAUGUGGUCAGCCUUCUGAGAAAAUCCAUCAAGAAAAGAGGGGACUUUGACAUUGACAUUGUGGCUGUGGUCAAUGACACAGUGGGAACCAUGAUGACCUGUGGCUUUGAUGACCGUCACUGUGAAGUUGGUCUCAUUGUAGGAACGGGGACCAACGCUUGCUACAUGGAGCAGAUGAGGAACAUUGGUGUUCUGGAUGGUGAUGAGGGGCGGAUGUGUGUAAAUACUGAGUGGGGUGCUUUUGGGGAUGACGGGGCCCUGGAGGACCUACGUACUGACAUUGACCGGGAACUGGACGCAGGCUCAUUCAACCCUGGCAAGCAGCUGUUUGAGAAGAUGAUCAGUGGGAUGUACAUGGGGGAACUGGUACGUCUCAUUUUGGUAAAGAUGGCCAGAUCACAGCUGCUGUUCCAGGGCAAGACUACGUCAGAGCUCCUCACCACCGGACACUUCAGCACCAGCCACAUCUAUGCAAUCGAGAAUGACAAAGAUGAGGAAGGUAUUGCUAGUGCUGAGAAGAUACUUCGUAGCCUGGGGUUGGACCCGUCGGUUGAGGACUGCAUAGCAACUCGGAGGGUGUGUCAGAUUGUAUCCACUCGGGCCGCACACCUGUGCGCUUCCUCUCUAGCAUCGGUGCUGCGACAGAUCCGGGAUAACAAAGCUGCCGAGAAGUUGCGUGUCACUAUUGGAGUGGAUGGCUCUGUUUACAAGAAUCAUCCAGAGUUUUCCAGGAGGCUCAACAAAAUGGUUCGUCGACUUGUACCCGACUGCGAUGUGCGUUUUUUGCAGUCGCAGGAUGGUAGUGGGAAGGGUGCAGCUAUGGUGACUGCGGUGGCCUUCCGACUUGCCAACCAAAAUGCUGAGCGGCAGCGCAUCCUCGACACCCUGCGCUUGAGUCGCGAACAGCUGCUGGAAGUAAAGAGGCGAUUCAGCGAGGAGAUGACCCGAGGUCUGUCAAAGCAAACCCACCAGCAGGCCAGCAUCAAGAUGCUUCCCACUUACGUCCGAUCCACUCCCGACGGAUCAGAACAUGGCGAUUUCUUGGCUUUGGACCUUGGAGGCUCCAGCUUUCGAGUGCUUCUGGUGCGAGUGCGAAGUGGAACAAAACGCAGUGUUGAUAUGCAACAGAAGAUCUACAGUAUCCCGCAGGAAAUCAUGCAAGGCACAGGAGAAGAGCUGUUCAACCAUAUUGUGGACUGCAUGGCUGACUUUUUGGAAUACAUGGGCAUGAAAGGAGCAUCUUUACCUUUGGGUUUUACGUUCUCCUUCCCCUGUGAUCAAACCAAACUUGAUGAGGGCAUACUCCUGAAGUGGACGAAGGGGUUUAAAGCCAGCGGCUGUGAGGGGAAAGAUGUUGUCGCGUUGCUUAAAGAAGCUGUCCGCAGCAGAGGGGAAUUCGAUUUGAACUUUGUGGCAGUAGUUAAUGACACAGUGGGAACCAUGAUGACUUGCGGCUACGAGGACCCCAAAUGUGAGGUGGGACUCAUCGUCGGCACAGGGACCAAUGCCUGCUACAUGGAGGAAAUGCAUAAUGUCGAACUGGUGGAGGGCGAUAAUGGCCGCAUGUGUGUCAAUGUCGAGUGGGGAGCGUUUGGUGAAAAUGGGGAACUAGAGGAGUUUUGCACAGAGUUCGAUCGCCUCGUCGAUGCCUGCUCUAACUACCCUGGGAAACAGAGGUAUGAAAAGAUGAUCAGUGGGAUGUACCUGGGGGAGAUCGUGCGGAACGUGUUAUUGGAUUUUACCGCUAAGGGCCUGCUGUUCAGGGGCAAAGUGUCAGAACGGCUCAAGACGCGGGGCAUCUUUGAGACAAAGUUCUUGUCGCAGAUUGAAAGCGACCGCCUCGCCAUGCGUCAGGUUCGCUCCAUCCUGCAGCACCUGGGCCUCACCGGCUCCACGUGCGACGACAGCGUGCUGGUGAAGGAGGUGUGCAGCGUGGUCGCCCGCCGUGCCGCUCAGCUCUCUGGCGCCGGUUUAGCCGCUGUUGUCGACAAGAUACGGCAGAAUCGCAACUUGAAUCAACUCUCCAUCACCGUGGGAGUGGAUGGCACUCUUUAUAAAACGCAUCCUCAUUUCUCUGCCAUCAUGCAAGAAACACUGCGGGAUUUGGCGCCACAGUGUGAGGUGACGUUCCUGAAGUCAGAGGAUGGAAGUGGAAAGGGAGCAGCACUGAUCACUGCAGUGGCCUGCAGGGUCGAAAAUGAAGGACAGCAGUAAAUCCCAAAGGCUGCUGUGAUGUCAUGAAUAGUUAUAUAUACAUAUUUCUUAAUGGUUUUUUUCCACCCCUGGUGUAAAGGUGUGUAAGAAUGUGUUUUAAGAUUUGUGUUUGUAAUCUUUGUAGCUGACAUUGAGAGGAGGGAGUCUUUAAAUGAAGUUCAGACAGCGUGUUACAAGAAUUGCACCUCCUGUGAAAUGUGACUGUUACAAGCUGAUGGGCUUGUUUUGUAUACACUCCAUCUUUGUCUUUAAUAUUGAAUAUCCCAGGCUGCCUUCCAGCUCGCUGUGUAUAAGUUUGUACACUGAUUGAAAAAAAAAAACUGUUGGAAAAACUUGUUUAUGCAGCACUUUUGAGAGCAUGUGUCACAAAGUGCCUCCCUCACAAAAAAUUUCCAUGGCAUUUAUUUGGAAAAUUGCUGAACACGUGGGAGAUUAAACUGUAACUCCUGUGUUAUGAAACCAAAAAUGAAAUGCUGGUUGUUGUACUGAAUUUACCAAUAUUUAAACACAACGUUUAUAUAAAUGAACUGUUCUGUUCUGCUGGACAUGCUGAAAACCAAAUAUUAUUCAUUCUGUAUUUUUAUUCAUCCUGUGUUUGUAUUUGUAGUGCUAGCGCAGGGCUAAUGAUUACCAUUAGGUUAUUCUGAUGCUGUAGGAAAAGGACCAACAUUGAAUAUUAUCACUGCAUCCAUCCCCAGGGACUCUUACCAAACAGAAGAGGUCAGAAAAUGAAUGAGAAAAGACGAAAAGUUGAAAUCCGGCACUGGUGGAAACAUUUGUUUUAUUUAUUUUUCCUUUUUUAUUUGUAUUAACUUUAUUUGCAUGUUUAAAUAUUUCAUUUUUCUACCAAAAAGGUUAAAAAGUCAUGUUUCUGGAAAUGUCUGUCAAGCCGAAACUCGGCAAAAGUCUUUAAAAGAAUCGUUUUUUCUUUUUAAAAAAAUCAGAAUUCCCAACAUUCAGCAGCAACGUCACUAAAAUCAAGCUUUAGUGAAUUUUUAGAACCACAGUACUUUGCUUUUUCAUUCAUAAUCUGUCUGCUAAGAGCUGUAUCAGACUGUCUGGCAGAUCAUAAUUUAUCCUGCGGUUUUGCUUCCAUUAAAGACCGUCACAAUAAAAUUGACGUACUGGUCUGUAUUCGCUCGCUCUUUCUUUUAUUCAGAUGGGCACUAAAAUAGAUCCAUUUGGGAGUAACUUUCAAGCAAACAGAUACUGUAGUCGCAGUGAGGGUACAGGUGAAUCACAGCAUGAGUCAUGCAGGCUUCAUAGUUUUAAGCUUAGAGACGCGUGCGCAUGUAACGUGCCUGUGGAUGAGUUCAGGAAACAAUCAGUACACAUUUGCACAUUUACACUCUGUUGUUUCUUCCUCCAUUGUCCUUUAUUCCAUUAUUCUUGUUACGCAGCCUCCAUGUUGCACCGUCCUUUUCAAACUCAAAGGUCAACAAUAGGAUAUACAUAUACACAGUUUAGUGUGCCUGAAAGAGGAGAUCACAAGCUACAUGAAUAAAAUUUCCCUCUAACCUUGUUGCCCCUUAAAGAAUGUGUCCAUCACCAAAUACAUUUGUUUAUAUCCAGGGAGAUGUGAGCAGGCUUCAUCUGAUAAACUCAGAGGUGAGUAUGCACCUUCAGCCGACAGCAGAUGUGCAUUUGCAUAAUAUGCAGUCUAAUUAGUGUUA